GGGUCUCGCGGUGUUAUACCGGUAUCGCGGUAUUUGGGUCAUGUGGCUGUUUGCUGAAACGUGUGAACGCAGUCUUUUUCCCGAGGUGAAGGAGCCGAGCAGACACGCGUUGCGUGUUGCUCCAGAGAUUUACAAAUCAUGGUGCUGUUGCACGUGUUAUUCGAGCAUGCGGCGGGCUACGCGCUGUAUGCCAUCAAAGAGGUGGAGGAGAUCGGCAUGCUGCUGCCUCAGGUGGAGAACAGCAUACUGAGCAUUGGCAAGUUCAACAGCAUGGUGAGCCUGGCUGCCUUCUUCCCCUUCAAGUCUGCCCAGGCUGCUCUGGAGAACAUGAAUGCCAUUUCUGAAGGUGUGGUUCAUGCUGACCUGAAGUUGUUCCUAGAGACAAACCUGCCCCUUUCUGGGAAGAAGAAGGCAGUGUUGGGGGUUUCAGAUGCCAAGAUUGGAGCAGCUUUACAAGAAGAAUUUAGCCUUUCCAUCCAGACCGGAGGGGUGGUGGCUGAGAUAACCAGAGGUGUGCGUCUGCACUUUCACUCCCUGGUGAAGGGUCUGACUGCCCAGGCUGCCUCCAAGGCGCAGCUGGGUCUUGGCCACAGCUACUCGAGAGCUAAAGUCAAGUUCAAUGUCAACAGGGUUGACAACAUGAUCAUCCAGUCCAUCGCUCUGUUGGAUCAGCUGGACAAAGACAUCAACACUUUCUCCAUGCGUGUCCGUGAAUGGUAUGGCUACCACUUCCCAGAGCUGGUCAAGAUCGUGUCAGACAACUCAAUGUACUGCCGCCUGGCUCAGCUCAUCGGAAACAGGAAGGAGUUGUCGGAGGAGAGUCUGGAGAGCCUGGAGGAGGUGGUGAUGGACAGCGCCAAGGCUCAGGCUAUCCUGGACGCAUCGCGCUCAUCCAUGGGUAUGGACAUCUCUCCCAUUGACCUGAUCAACAUAGAGAGAUUCUCCGAUCGUGUAGUGUCACUGGCCGCCUAUCGGCUGGAGCUGCAGGAGUACCUGCGUUCCAAGAUGAGCCAGGUGGCUCCAAAUCUGGCAGCGUUAAUCGGAGAAGUGGUGGGAGCUCGUCUGAUCUCCCAUGCCGGCAGUCUAACCAACCUGGCCAAGUACCCGGCCUCCACCGUUCAGAUCCUGGGAGCAGAAAAGGCCCUGUUCAGAGCCCUAAAGACUCGUGGCAACACCCCCAAGUAUGGGCUGAUCUUCCACUCAACCUUCAUCGGACGUGCUGCUGCCAAGAACAAAGGCCGCAUCUCCAGAUAUCUGGCAAACAAGUGCACCAUCGCCUCACGUAUUGACUGUUUCUCUGAGGUACCCACAAGUGUGUUUGGUGACAAGCUGCGUUCGCAGGUGGAAGAGCGCUUGUCUUUCUAUGAGACGGGCGAUGUGCCACGGAAGAAUGUAGAUGUCAUGAAAGAGGCUGUAAAAGAGGCUACUGAUGUUGCAGCCGAGAUCAAGCGAAAACUGGAGAAGAAGGAAAAGAAACGCAAGAAGCGUGAAAAGAAGUUGCAAGAACUUGAAGCAAAUGGUGAAAACAACAGUGAAGCUGAGGUGGAGAAUGGAGAAGCAGAUACCACCGUAGUGAAGAAGAAAAAGAAGAAACAAGCGGCCGAGGAGAUGGCGGUCCAAGCAGAGGAGACCCCUGCUGCAGAGAACGGAGCAGACGACCCCCCAGCGAAGAAGAAAAAGAAACCGAAAGCUGGGGAGGUAGAGGUCCAGGCAGAAGAAGCGGCUGCCACAGAUAAUGGAGCAGAGGAAAUGGAUACUCCUGCCAAGAAGAAAAAGAAACGAAAGGCUGAGACCAUGGAUGAAGAGACCCCAGAAACAUGUGUGUCUGAGAAAAAAAAGAAAAAGAAGAAAAAAGAGAAUGCAGAUGAGUGAAUGUGAUCAGAGACUGAAUCUUGUGUACAGUUUAUUUUUUUAUUUUACUGUUAAGCUGAAGCAAGUUCAUGUCAGAAGCUUUACGUUGUACAGGUUUUUUUUUUGUUUUUUUUAAGGCAACCUCAAAGCAGGUUAGACUGCAAACAAAUGCUAUAACUGUGCCUUUAAGUCAAUGAAAUGUACUUGUACUUCUGUAAAUAAAUGUAUCAGUUAAACUUUUUGCCAGGUAAA